UGGAUUGCUUAGCUUUAUUCAGAAAAAAAAAUCAGCUCCAGAAUGUUCUGCUAACUUAGUCUGAAUUAGUUAAAUAUACAACUAACUGGUAGUUGUGUUUAUUCAUCAGUAGUGAAAAUAAAAUAGAUACAGAUUUCUCAUACAAAUUUAACUGCUUUGUUUGAUUAUUGUUUUUACUCUUUCUUGUUCCUGCCUCCAUCUUGGUCUCAUCAUUUCUGAAGAACUAGUUCCAUUUUCCUCGUUUACCAUUUUCUCCCUUAUCCCUGUAGUUGAAAGGCUAAGUGAACAAACACAGUUUUUUUUAUUCCCAACCAACCACGGAACAGUCAUUUCCUUGCAAAAUAAUUGGCUUAGGGAGAAAGAGACACAGAAAACAAAACAAGUUCAUCAUGUACAGCUUGGUCUGGCUACACCCCUUUUCCAGAAACCAGGCUGUGUAAGAGCUGCUGGAGUAGGCACCCAUUUAAAGAAAAAAUGAAGAAGCAGCAAUAAAGAAGUUGUAAUCGUUACCUAGACAAACAGAGAACUGGGUUUGACAGUGUUUCUAGAGUGCUUUUUAUUAUUUUCCUGACAGUAAGUAAAGUUCUAUUUUGUUGUGCUAUGCCAAAUAUGUGGGUGGACACUGCUAAAAUCAAUCUGUUUUUCAGAUGUUUCCCAAUUCUUAUGUGUUUUAUGUUAAAGACCUAAGACUAAAUUUUUCUGCUUCUUCCCAACCACUUUGUAUUGUGUACAUUGUAACAGUAAGACAUAGAAAAAUGGAAAACAUUUGCUUCUGUGCUAGAGAAUUGUCUGAAUAUUUUGAUGUAAAAAUAUGAAAGAAUUUCAUUUUGAGGUUACAGAAACUAAAACAAAUUGUUUGUGUUUCUUUAUUUGCAAACCUUUGGACAAAAUUACUUUCCCAUAUGAUUUCUUUUUGUUUCUUUUAAAACUAAUUUUGUAGUUUCCUGAGUUAUUCAGGGACUUCUGAAUUCAGAAAAUUGAGAGAAAUUGCUUUAUUCUUCUUGUAUCUCAGAACCAAGUUUCAAGUAGUUUGAGACUGGAUUAUGGUUUACAACCUAACUCUUUUGAUAAAAGUUGAUUCCAUCUGAAAGUAAAGUUACAAGAAAACACUUUAUUGAGGUUGUAUCUAGUGUUAAUUUAUUAUUCAGACAAAUUUAAGUAAUCAGACUUUUGAUGUUAAUUUGAUUAGCUCUGAGAUUUCUGUUUAAAUGUAAAGAACAAGAAAUUGCUAUUAACAGGAUGAAAUUAAUUUAAUUACUCUAUUCAUGUACUUAAAGUGCUCUUAUACAAGGCCAAAAGUGUGAAAUUAUCUUAUAGGUUCUGAACUUGAAUUACAGCUUUUCCAUUUCAGUUCUCCAAUUUAUUGCAAAAUUGUGAUAAUAAUCACUCUGCCUUCCCACCAUCACCUACUCCCCUAAAAAGCUUAAGGUGAAGUAUUUGAGGUGAAAUUUUACAGUCAUAAAUUAUUGAAAUAGUAUUUUAAAUUUAUGUUUACACUUUUUAAGGGUAGUAAAUAUUUUCCUCAACAGUAUGAUCAAGGUUUCCCUUAUUACACUUAUUUUUUUCUAGGUUGUAUUCCACCAUGAUUACUUUCUCCUUCAGUGAAUAGGCUAAAUGAAUAUGAAACAGAAAAGUGUGUAUCAGCAAACUAAAGCACUUCUGUGCAAGAAUUUUCUUAAGAAAUGGAGGAUGAAAAGAGAGAGCUUAUUGGAGUGGGGACUCUCAAUACUUCUAGGACUGUGUAUUGCUCUGUUUUCCAAUUCCAUGAGAAAUGUCCAGUUUCCUGGAAUGGCUCCUCAGAAUCUGGGAAGGGUAGAUAAAUUUAAUAGCUCUUCUUUAAAGGUUGUGUAUACACCAAUAUCUAAUUUAACCCAGCAGAUAAUGAAUAAAACAGCACUUGCUCCUCUUUUGAAAGGAACAAGUGUCAUUGGGGCACCAAAUAAAACAUACAUGAAUGAAAUACUUCUGGAAAACUUUCCAUAUGCUAUGGGAAUCAUCUUUAAUGAAACUUUCUCUUAUAAGUUAACAUAUUUACAGGGAUAUAACAUUCCACUUUGGAAAGAAGAUGAUUUCUCAGCUCAUUGCUGGGAGGCAUAUGGUGAGUUUCCAUGUAAAUUGACCAAAUACUGGAAUAGAGGAUUUGUGGCUUUACAAACAGCUAUUAAUACUGCCAUUAUAGAAAUCACAACCAAUCACUCUGUGAUGGAGGAGUUGAUGUCAGUUACUGCUAUAACUAUGAAGACGUUACCUUUCAUAAGUAAAGAUCUUCUUCACAAUGAGAUAUUUAUUUUCUUCUUCUUGCUUCAUUUCUCCCCACUUGUAUAUUUUAUAUCGCUCAAUGUAACAAAAGAGAGAAAAAAGUCUAAGAAUUUGAUGAAAGUGAUGGGUCUCCAAGAUUCAGCAUUCUGGCUCUCCUGGGGUUUAAUCUAUGCUGGCUUCAUCUUUAUUAUUUCCAUAUUCAUUACAAUUAUCAUAACAUUCACCGAAAUUAUAGUCAUGACUGGCUUCAUGGUCAUAUUUAUACUCUUUUUCUUAUAUGGCUUAUCUUUGGUUGCUUUGGUGUUCCUGAUGAGUGUGUUGUUAAAGAAAGCUGUCCUCACCAAUUUGGUUGUGUUUCUCCUUACCCUCUUUUGGGGAUGUCUGGGGUUCACUGUAUUUUAUGAACAACUUCCUUCAUCUCUGGAGUGGAUUUUGAGUAUUUGUAGCCCUUUUGCCUUUACUGCUGGAAUGACUCAGAUUAUCAAACUGGAUUAUAACUUGAAUGGUGUAAUUUUUCCUGACCCUUCAGGAGACUCAUAUACAAUGAUAGCAACUUUUUCCAUAUUGCUUUUGGAUGGUUUCAUCUACUUGCUAUUGGCAUUAUACUUUGACAAAAUUUUACCCUAUGGAGAUGAGCGCCAUUAUUCUCCAUUAUUUUUCUUGAAUUCAUCAUCUUGUUUCCAACACCAAGGGACUGAUAAUAAGGCUAUUGAGAAAGAAAUUGAUGCUGAGCAUCCCUCUGAUGAUUAUUUUGAACCAGUAGCUCCUGAAUUCCAAGGAAAAGAAGCCAUCAGAAUCAGAAAUGUUAACAAGGAAUAUAAAGGAAAGUCUGGAAAAGUGGAAGCAUUGAAAGGCUUGCUCUUUGACAUAUAUGAAGGUCAAAUCACGGCAAUUCUGGGUCACAGUGGAGCUGGCAAAUCUUCACUGCUAAAUAUUCUUAAUGGAUUGUCUGUUCCAACAGAAGGAUCAGUUACCAUCUAUAAUAAAAAUCUCUCUGAAAUGCAAGACUUGGAGGAAAUCAGAAAGAUAACUGGUGUCUGUCCUCAAUUCAAUGUUCAAUUUGACAUACUCACCGUGAAGGAAAACCUCAGCCUGUUUGCUAAAAUAAAAGGGAUUCAUCCACAGGAAGUGGAACAAGAGGUACAACGAAUAUUACUGGAAUUGGACAUGCAAAACAUUCAAGAUAACCUUGCCAAACAUUUAAGUGAAGGACAGAAAAGAAAGCUGACUUUUGGGAUUGCCAUUUUAGGAGAUCCUCAAAUUUUGCUCUUAGAUGAACCAACUACUGGAUUGGAUCCUUUUUCCAGAGAUCAAGUGUGGAGCCUCCUGAGAGAGCGUAGAGCAGAUCAUGUGAUCCUUUUCAGUACCCAGUCCAUGGAUGAGGCUGACAUCCUGGCUGAUAGAAAAGUGAUCAUGUCCAAUGGGAGACUGAAAUGUGCAGGUUCUUCUAUCUUUUUGAAAAGAAGGUGGGGUCUUGGAUAUCACCUAAGUUUACAUAGGAAUGAAAUAUGUAAUCCAGAACAAAUAACAUCCUUCAUUACUCAUCAUAUCCCCGAUGCUAAAUUAAAAACAAAAAACAAAGAAAAGCUUGUAUAUACUUUGCCAUUGGAAAGGACAAACAUAUUUCCAGAUCUUUUCAGUAAUCUGGAUAAGUGUUCUGACCAGGGAGUGACAGGUUAUGACAUUUCCAUGUCAACUCUAAAUGAAAUCUUUAUGAAACUGGAAGGACAGUCAACUAUCGAACAAGAUUUCGAACAAGUGGAGAUGAUAAGAGACUCUGAAAGCCUCAAUGAAAUGGAGCUGGCUCACUCUUCCUUCUCUGAAAUGCAGACAGCUGUGAGUGACAUGCACCUCUGGAGAAUGCAAGUCUUUGCCAUGGCACGGCUCCGUUUCUUAAAGUUGAAACGUCAAACGAAAGUGUUAUUGACCCUAUUAUUGGUAUUUGGAAUCGCAGUGUUCCCUUUGAUUGUCGAAAAUAUAAUAUAUGCUAUGUUAAAUGAAAAGAUCGAUUGGGAAUUUAAAACCGAAUUGUAUUUUCUGUCUCCUGGACAACUUCCCCAGGAACCCCGUACCAGCCUGUUGAUCAUCAAUAACACAGAAUCAAAUAUUGAAGAUUUUAUAAAAUCACUGAAGCAUCAAAAUAUACUUUUGGAAGUAGAUGACUUUGAAAACAGAAAUGGUACUGAUGGCCUCUCAUACAAUGGAGCGAUCAUAGUUUCUGGUAAACAAAAGGAUUAUAGAUUUUCAGUUGUGUGUAAUACCAAGAGAUUGCACUGUUUUCCGAUUCUUAUGAAUAUUAUCAGCAAUGGGCUACUUCAAAUGCUUAAUCACACACAACAUAUUCAAAUUGAGUCAAGCCCAUUUCCUCUUAGCCACAUAGGAUUCUGGACUGGGCUGCCGGAUGGUUCCUUUUUCUUAUUUUUGGUUCUAUGUAGCAUUUCUCCUUACAUCACCAUGGGCAGCAUCAGUGAUUACAAGAAAAAUGCUAAGUCCCAGCUAUGGAUUUCAGGCCUCUACACUUCUGCUUACUGGUGUGGGCAGGCACUAGUGGACGUCAGCGUCUUCAUUUUAAUUCUCCUUGUAAUGUAUUUAAUUUUCUACAUAGAAAACAUGCAGUACCUUCUUAUUACAAGCCAAAUUGUGUUUGCUUUCGUUAUAGUUACUCCCGGUUAUGCAGCUUCUCUUGUCUUCUUGAUAUAUAUGAUAUCAUUUAUUUUUCGCAAAAGGAGAAAAAACAGUGCCCUUUGGUCAUUUUACUUCUUUUUUGCCUCCAUCACCAUGUUUGUUACUGCUUUAAUCAAUAAUUUGGACCUAAGUAUAUUGAUUACCACCAUGGUAUUGGUUCCUUCAUAUACCUUGCUUGGAUUUAAAACUUUUUUGGAAAUGAGAGACCAGCAGCACUACAGAGAAUCUCCAGAGGCAAAUUUCAAAUUGAGUGCCACUGAUUUUCUAGUCUGCUUCAUACCCUACUUUCAGACUUUGCUAUUCAUUUUUGUUCUAAGAUGUAUGGAACUAAAAUAUGGAAAGAAAAGAAUGCGAAAAGAUCCUGUUUUCAGAAUUUCCCCCCAAAGUAGAGAUGCUAAACCAAAUCCAGAAGAACCCAUAGAUGAAGAUGAAGAUGUUCAAGCAGAAAGAAUAAGAACAGCAACUGCUCUGACCACUUCAAUCUUAGAUGAGAAACCUGUUAUAAUUGCCAGCUGUCUACACAAAGAAUAUGCAGGCCAGAAAAAAAGUUGCUUUUCAAAGAGGAAGAAGAAAAUAGCAGCAAGAAAUAUCUCUUUCUGUGUUCAAGAAGGUGAAAUUUUGGGAUUGCUGGGACCCAAUGGUGCUGGAAAAAGUUCAUCUAUUAGAAUGAUAUCUGGGAUCACAAAGCCAACUGCUGGAGAGGUGGAACUGAAAGGCUGCAGUUCAGUUUUGGGCCACCUGGGGUACUGCCCUCAGGAGAACGUGCUGUGGCCCGUGCUGACGGCGAGGGAGCACCUGGAGGUGUAUGCUGCUGUCAAGGGGCUCAGGAAAGUGGAUGCGAGACUCGCCAUCGCAAGAUUAGUGAGUGCUUUCAAACUGCAUGAGCAGCUGAAUGUUCCUGUGCAGAAAUUAACAACAGGAACCAUGAGAAAGUUGUGCUUUGUGCUGAGCCUCCUGGGAAACUCACCUAUCUUGCUCCUGGAUGAACCAUCUACGGGCAUAGACCCCACAGGGCAGCAGCAAAUGUGGCAGGCAAUCCAGGCAGUCGUUAAAAACACAGAGCGGGGUGUCCUCCUGACCACUCAUAAUCUGGCUGAGGCAGAGGCCUUGUGUGACCGUGUGGCCAUCCUGGUGUCUGGAAGGCUUAGAUGCAUUGGCUCCAUCCAACACCUGAAAAACAAACUUGGCAAGGAUUACAUUCUAGAGCUGAAAGUGAAGGAACCUUCUCAAGUGACUUUGGUCCACACUGAGAUUCUGAAGCUUUUCCCACAGGCAGCAGGGCAGGAAAGGUAUUCCUCCUUGUUAACCUAUAAGCUGCCCGUGGCAGACGUUUACCCUCUAUCGCAGGCCUUUCACAAAUUAGAGGCAGUGAAGCAUAACUUUAACCUGGAAGAAUACAGCCUCUCUCAGUGCACAUUGGAGAAGGUAUUCUUAGAGCUUUCUAAAGAGCAGGAAGUGGGAAAUUUUGAUGAAGAAGUUGAUACAACAAUGAGAUGGAAACUCCUCCCUCAUUCAGAUGAACCUUAAAACCUCAAACCUAGUAAUUUUUUGUUGGUGUCCUAUAAACUUAUGUUUUAUGUAAUAAUUAGUAGCACAUUUAAUUUUAAAGAUCAUUUAAAAUUAACAUCAGGUGUAUUUUGUAUAUUUAGUUAAUAAAUACAUAAAUUUAAAAAUUAUUCUUCCUCUCAAACAUAGAGGUGAUAGCAAACCUGUGAUAAAGGCAAUACAAAAUAUUAGUAAAGCCACCCAAAGAGUCAGGCACUGGGUAUUGUGGAAAUCAAACUAUAUAAACAUAGAAUUUUUAAAAAAAUGACUUUUUUACCUUUUACUGAAAACAUUCUCUUGCUGAAAUAUGUGAAGGGUAUAUUCAGUAGCCAAGAGUUGCAUGACUACUUCACACCAGUUCAUGAUACAACAGGUAUACAGGUUUUCUUUUAUAAGCAAGUACAACUCAAGAGUCUUCUGAAAAUGUUCCAGAAAUUGCUUUAAAACUCACAAGUAUGGGGCAAGGCGCUGUGGCUCACGCCUGUAAUCCCAGCACUUUGGGAGGCCAAGGCAGGUGGAUCAUGAGGUCAGGAGUUCAAGACCAGCCUGGCCAAUAUGGUGAAACCCCGUCUCUAAUAAAAAUACAAAAAUGAGCCAGUCGUUGGAUUUGCCUGUAGUCCUAGCUAUUCGGGAGGCUGAGGGAGGAGAAUUGCUUGAACCCAGGAGGUUGCAAAGAGCCAAGAUCGUGCCAGUGUACUCCAGCCUAGGUGACAGAGCGAGACUCUGUCUCAAAACAAAAAAAACACCUCCCAAGUAUUGGGAGGUCCUUAGACAUACAAGUAGGCAAGCACUCACAUUGAAAA